UUUAUAUUAUGGCUGAGCCAUCUCGUAGUAUGGAAGAGAGACCCAGUACUCUUUUACAGUUACCGGAACACAUCAUACAGAAUGUGCUGUCAUAUCUCAGUUACCAUGAAAUAAGUGAAGCUCGUCGGGUGUGCCAGUACUUCAACCGCUGCUGUCAGGAAUUACUUACACAGGGCUUCAACCACAUCGACAAGUUUCAUGCACAGAUACAGAAGGAGGUGAAGUCCAAGUUGCCACGCCGGGAGUCGGAGCGACGGAACCACGAACUGUCCCGCCAUGUGGACAUCCUCUCAGCAGUGGAGACCAGGUUGUCGCUGCUGUCCAUGACCUACUCCAAGUACAUAGACCAUGGUCUCUGUUGCUUCAUCCCGGGCAAGGUUUUGGAUGAGCUGUUCACACUCCUCAAGAAGUUGCAGGAGAAGAAGUCACAGCCUCCCAGAGCUCAUGAGUUCUUGCAGGAGCUCCGUGACAUCUCCUCCAUGGCUAUGGAACACUUUGAAGAACACAUCAUCCCAGCACUCAAACAACAGCUGCCUGCAGGCUCUCUCUCACUUGCCCUGCCAGAUCCAUUCUCUCCAGACCAAGGCUCCUCAUCCUCCAUGGUCCACUUCUCAACGCCCAUGCGUAUGCCGUCAUUGCGGCAGGAGCUCCUGCGUCUGCAGCAUCAGAUGCGUGUGCAAAGUGGUAGUGUGCUGUCAUACAAGAAGGAGCUGACAGAACAGAAGAACAAGAUGGUAGAGCAGCGGAAGAUCAACAUGGAGCAGGAGAAGAAACUGCAGGAACAGGAUCGCAAACUGCAGGAACAGACUCGAAUCAUAUCUGAGCAGAACAUCCGCAUUGAUAGACUUGAGAACUCCAUCAGUGACUUGGACAACAGACUUGCCACAAUGUACAACCAAGUGAGUGGUGGCAGUGCUAACAUGGACAGCAAUGUGAAGAGUGACCAGCCUCAUGGUCCCACACACAGGACCAACAGGAGAAAGUGUGGGAAGUCAAACCAGGAGGUACAGAUGACGACAAUCAAAACCCGCCCGAAGAGGAAGCAAGCAUGUGAACUUAAUGAAGAGGACUGUGGAAGAGGCAAAGUCAAAAGCCUGAAGAGAAAGAAAUAUUGACAACUGUGAUAAAGUGGGAAGGAAGUGAAAAGAGUGAAACAAUAAAUCUGGAUAUGCAAGACUGUACUAUGUGACAUAAUACAUACAGGUUGAUCUUGGUUUUAUUAAACUUGCAACUAGUAAACAAGCAAAAUCUGAUUUUAAGAAAUUCAUUUAUAAUGGUCUUUCAAAGAAACAGGUGAAAAUUGUGUCAUUUGUGUAUGAGACAAUGAAGUGAAGAUGUCAUGGAGCUGUCUCCCAGUGCAUGUAUUGUUUCAUCUGGAGUUGAGAGUGUUGCUGUUGCCUAUUUAGCACAUAGGCGGAUCCAGAGGGGGGGUGCAGGGGUGCGCACCCCCCUUUUGUGCUGAAUGUUUGUUAAAUGACCAUUGAAACUCGGGUGAAAAUAAAGUGUGCACCCCUCCUUUUCUCAAUAGUGUCACCCCCCCUUUCUCAAAAAGCUGUAUCCGCCCCUGUAGCAUAUGAGGUGUUAGUGUAUAGAGGCAAAGGUGAAGCCUCACAGGCCGAGUGUGAGCUUCACAGGUUGAGUGUGAACCUCACAGGUCAAGUGUGAGCCUCACAGGUCGAGUGUGAGCUUCACAGGUUGAGUGUGAGCCUCACAGGCCGAGUGUGAGCCUCACAGGUCGAGUGUGAGCCUCACAGGCCGAGUGUGAGCUUCACAGGCCGAGUGUGAGCCUCACAGGCCGAGUGUGAACCUCACAGGCCGAGUGUGAGCCUCACAGGUCGAGUGUGAGCCUCACAGGCCGAGUGUGAACCUCACAGGCCGAGUGUGAACCUCACAGGUCAAGUGUGAGCCUCACAGGUCGAGUGUGAGCCUCACAGGCCAUCUUAUGCAAAGAAAGUAAUUCCAUACACAACUAAAUGUAGUAUCAUAAUGUGUCACAGUCACCAAACAUUCUGUCGUGAUGUAAUUAUCAGGGAGACACCCCCUCAAGUCUACUUCAUGUAACUUCAGUUGAUUCAAUUGAUAAAGAAUAAAUGGAACUUGAGUGAAGUGUCUGUUAGUUUAGGGCAAAUCUGUUUAUACUGUAAGAUUAAAGAUCGGGCAGAGUACUAGUUUGCUUCAUGAUGUUUACAGACAUUGUCUACUAGUACGAAGUAUUUCUCAUCAUCCAUUACUAUCCAAGUUGUAACUGAUGAGACAGUGGAAGAAGGUGAUUUCAACCUUCAGAUUGUAUGCAUGGACAGUGAUUCGGUGACUAUUGAAGGGACAGAAUGUUGACAGUUCUGUAUUUUUAAAUCAGAAAUGAAUUUUCUCCAGAUUUAGUUCUCAGACCAAAACACCAGUGCCCAAACAGCACAGCCAACAUCAUUACAUAGAGUAAACUGGCUUCAGACUGGAUUUUUUAUUAGAAUAUUAAAUAUUGUGUUUUUCUGAGGGAUGAGUUAUAAAAUACUCAUUGUCAACUUGAUUAUAUUUGAAGCCAGUAACUCUUGUAACCAAAGUAUCUAUCGCAGAGCACAUCUUACAGUUCACAGUCCUUCAAUGUGCUUUUCAUAAAUUUCAUUUUGGGCAAGUUUUGAUGAAUAUAUACGCUAUGAAACGUUUCAUUGAGAAAAUAUCCUUAUACGUGAAAAACUAUUUCCAUUUGUGUAGUUAUCCUCCACAUACUGUCAUCAAACCCCGUCAGAGAGCUUGCAGUGUGGUCACUUAUAUAUGUAAAGGUAUAUUGCCACGCACCUCACUGUCACAGAUGUAGCAGCCAAUCAAUAGAAUUAUGCAAAACAAUAUAUAAAGCACACCAGAAGGCUUAUAUAAUUCUCAUCUGUUCUUAUUUCAACAUAAGUGCAUGUUUCAAAUCACGGCUUACAACCAUGUUUGUGUUACUGGAGCAGAAUAUGGCGAGCAGAGAGUUUAGGCAGCUCGGGGGUUAUCAGCUAUUGCUUUCAAGCAUUUCUCCAGAACGGUUUACACACCCUUUACAUGUGGUAGAGAUAGUUUACAAAAGUGUAACAGUCCCAUCGAGACACAUGAUGGGACUCCUGUAACAUAUCUUUGUCAUACAAUGACUCUUCCCUUGGAGUACAGGUCAGCUCCACAGUCGAGGGCAGUUGGGUGUAUGAAGAACCUGAAUGUUUGAAUAGACCUCCUUUCCAGGGUUUACUUGUCCAUUUGUGGUUUGCAGGACAUAUAUUUAUCUAGUAUUUAUGCGUGUUAAUCAUUGUUAGAAGGGCCAGGAAGUUUUAGAUGUUUGUUUGCUUUGUUGUGAAACAUGCUAUCCCAUCCUCAUGGUUUUGUGAGUGUAAUCACACGAAGUGAUGUCUGCCUGCUGCCAUGGAGUGGGUCAUACACAGGUGUUCAGACCUAUUUUCACAAACCCUUUCGUCAAGUUUCAACGUAUGUUUUAGCAAAGACCUUUUGUUAAAAAUCCAACACUUAUUUCUGGAAAGUGUAAAGGUUUUGCACAUCUCAGGGUAAUUCUUUGGAAAAUAACUCCAUUGUUCAGAAAUGCUGAAAUUUCAACAUUAUACUUUCAUAUUUGUCAGUGUAUUUUGCCUCUUGCUAUCAGAUUUGUAUUAAGAAAUAAGAACCAUUGUUCUAACUGAUACUUACUAAUGAAAAUCCAGUUAUAGUUUAACCUGAUGAUCAAACAAAACGUUAUGAGGAUUGAAACAUAUCAAAGUUUACACUUCGAGCCAUGUUUCCAUAUUUUUCUUCCAGUGAAAGGGGCAUUGUAUUGUGAAAGUGCAAUCAUAUUUGCAAAUCUGGUUCAGUUGUAUUUUGCAAAAUAAAUAUGUGGAAAAAAUAUGAA